UAUUUUGCCACUUCCUGUUUUGUCCUCGUCUGCCUUAGUUCUAGUUUUACUGAUUCUGCCACAUGACCCAUCAGCUGCAGCCAAUCUGUAAUCAACCCGGUAUUUUAGCCUCAGUUCUCAGCUCGUGUUUGGGUGGCUACAUUCCACUAUUUAGUUCAAGUAAGUCCUGCUAUGUACCAGUUCUGAUCGUCUUUUGGACCUUGCCUUGCCUGUUUCCUGUCUGUACUGUCUAGGACCGUGCUUUUUUAAUUGAACCUCCCUCGCCUGGAAUCUGAGUGCCUUUGCCUGAUCCCCUGUCUGUACCGUUGCCUGUAUUAAAUCACCACAACCUUAUCUGCGUAUUGUGCUGUGCAUUUGGGUCCUUCACCCUGAUUCCUGACAACCUGUACCUUUUUGAACCUGACCGGUCAGUCUAACCUGCCUCUGCCUGCCGAUUAAAACCCUUUAACUGAUCUCCGACUCAGAGUCGUGCAUGCAGGUCCGUAGCCUUGCGCCGCCGACAUGUUUGCCUUGAUUCAUUGUGCUGAAAACUGGUAUUUUGACAUGAAAGAACUCAAAACCUGCAAUGAACUGUUGGGGAGCGUCCGUGAUGCAUUUAGCGGCCUCCAACAAAUGUAGACAGCCAUCCUGCAGAGGGCAGCAGUGGGCCAGCAACGACUGCAACCUGAGCAACAAAGAAGAACUGUAUCCUUUGAUUCACUUCUAUCCUCCACCGUUUAGUUCAGUAGUGCUUCCUGUGGCUUCCAUUAUUGGAACUGAGUGUAUGUGUUGUCCGGUUGGAUCCGCUGGAUUCCUGAUUACCGUUCUGUAGAUUUGUCCAGCGUGUUUUCACAUCACAGGGUUUUUACUCGUUUGAAACCAGCGGUAUUUUGUCUGCGGCGUCUCGUCGUACCAACACGGUGAUGAUUGUGAUGCAACCCUGUAUGUUUCUAGACUAAUCUCUACCUGGUCCUAGGUUAGAUGUUUGGAAACUACAUCAUGUGGUGUGCCACGUAAUCGGGCAUGCUCAGUGCAGCUGAAUUGUAAGGAAAUCAUCAGGAAAUAGAAACUCAAACAGUGUUUGUGAUAGAAUGACUAAGACCUAACUGGCCAAAGUGAUAGAAUAGUUGAGCCAUCCUAUUGGUAGGUUGGCAGGUCUUGACAAUGACUAGCUUAUUCAGACGUAGCAGCAAUGGAGGGUCUAAAAACAGUGGAGAUGGUGGUGGGGGAAACGGUGGGCAUGGGCAGCUCAACAAUGGCAGGCCUAACCGGCAGGUCAAACGCCUGGAGUUUAACCAGGCCAUGGAGGACUUCACAACUAUGUUUCCUUCUAUGGACUAUGAGGUGAUCGAGUGUGUACUGCGCUCUAAUAAUGGAGCAGUGGACACUACAAUCGACCAGCUGCUCCAGAUGAGCAUUGAUGGACAGGGCUCAGAUGAAAGCACAGACUCAGAUGACAGCAUCCCUCCAGAGGCUCCAUCUUUGCUGCUUCUGUCUUCUCUAAUACUAGAGCGAACACUUGAACCUGACAGUUCAGAUGAGGAACCACCUCCAGUCUACUCUCCACCAACAUGUCAUUUGCAAGUUUUUGACAGGAAAGAACCAAAAUCCCUACCAACUCCUACACCAAGUAUAUCUGAUGCCCAGACACCUUCAGAUCACCAACUGGUAAGAAGCUACCGAAACUGGAACCCUCCUUUGCUUGGAAAUCUCCCAGAUGAGUUUUUGCGAAUUUUGCCACAGCAGUUGAACAAUACAAAGAGUUCUCCGUGUAGUUUGUCCCAGCCUUCAUCUUCAUCUUCAGUUACUUCAGUAACUCAGUGGGCAGCUCAGUCUGGAUCUUGGUCUGAAACUGCACAGACGCGAAGAGGCUCUGGUUUGACAGCUGGAGCUACAGAGCAAGACAAGAAGUUAAAACAGUAUUUGGAAGAUGAGCGCAUCGCCUUGUUCCUACAGAAUGAGGAGUUUAUGAAAGAGUUACAGCGAAACCGCGACUUCCUCAUAGCCUUAGAGAGAGAUCGCUUGAAGUAUGAAUUACAGAAAUCAAAGUCAAGUCAUUCAUCUGGCAUGGAAAAUUCCACAGGAGAACAGUUGUCUUCAGCUUCAGUUGAUGACCUCUCAGAUGAUGCUAUGUUUAGAGACAAGCUCAAACACAUGGGAAAAUCAACAAGAAGAAAAUUGUUUGAAAUUGCCAGAACUUUCUCAGAAAGGACAAAGAGGAAAAAGUCGAAAAGAAAAACGUUCCUGAAGCAUCAUUCAUUUGGAAUAGCCAACUCAACAGCCAAUCUUCUGGAUGAUGUGGAGGGAAACAUUUGUGAGGAAGAACCUAAAAAGUCAAUAUCUCACGAAGAAUGUAAGCAACACAGUGAGCCCAUGUCAUGAGUACUCCAACUUGUCAAGAGGUAGAAUCGGUCUCGCUGAAUGUUUAAAAAAGUUUUUUCUUUGCAGAUACUGUAUAAGGUUGUGCAACAAAAUAUGUUAAAGGGACCAUCAUUUUUGUCCAGGCCUGUUUCAUUAGUUUGUUUUUUAAAAUAAUGUUUAACCACAAUUUUAAAACAAUGUCUGAUUUUUUUAAAAAUUUCUUAAAUUAAUUUUUCAGUAAAUUUAGAUUUAUUACUUUUGUUAGUUUUAAUUUAUUCUCAUGACAAAUAUGUUUUUUUAUUUUUUUAUUUUGUAGAGCGGUACCAAGAACUUUGCUCACGUAUGUAUUCGGAUAUGUAACAACCCCAUUUAACCCAUCUUCCAAGGGGAAGCAGUGGUCUUUGUCGAAACACAAACAGGUUUCAGUGUUUUAUAUUGAAAUAUUAUUUGAUGUUUCCUUCCCCGUUUUUAGAUUGGCCUGGACCGUCUCUGGGUGACUUUGCGAAGGUAUGACCCAUGGGCAAAGGGGGAUAGGACAACUCCUACCCCACUGUGUUACAUACUACGGAGUAGAAAGGACUGUUUCCUGUCAGUAUUUUUUUUACCUAGAAAUAUUGCGUAUUUCUGAUUGUGGUGUGGAAAUCUUUAUACUUUUCAUGCAUAUACAGCAAAGGUGUGAUGGAGAAAUAUUCAUAUAAUCUUUAUAUAGACUAUUCCAUACUUUUAUUUGUGUUUUGAGUUAAGAAGCUUUCCUUUUAGAAGGUAUGUGUGUGCAUUCAAAUAAUUCAGGUUUUGAAGCUGUUUGUGAAGUUUUGUAUGGUAGGAUGAAAAAUGUUUUUCUUCUGUACAACUAACACAACUGUCGUAGGUAAACACAAUGGUAGGUUAUGCUAUCGGAACAUUAUACCAAUUGUGUAACGCAUAUGGAAACUUAUUUAAUAAUGUUUCUUAGGCAUCUGGACAUGUCCUAUCAAAUUUGGCCUGUUAUGCUGUUCACACUAUUUUACAAAUCAUUUGUAACAUGUAUUCCCUAUGACAAUUUUUUUCAUAUUCAGCCCAUCUACUUAUUUCUAUUUAUACGACGAUUCACUUAUAUUAUGACAUAAAACUGGUUAUUUUACUUUAUAUGUUUAAACUUGAAACAAAAAAAAUGAGCAAAUAAAUUGAAAUUAUAAUUAUGUACAUUUUUAAUAGUGCUGAAUACGUUUGCGGCCGUGAUGCUGUGUCUGGCAGAGUGUGUUGCGCUCCUGUCGCCCAGGUCGUGGGUUCAAUCCCGUCAGAGGGGUUGCGUCAGGAAGGGCAUCUGGCCUAAGAACUUGCCAAAUCUAUCAUGCGAAUCAAUCGCUGUGGCGACCCCUGACGGGUUAAGCGGAAAGGAGUUCCCUAAUAGUGCUGAUUAUCUUUGACCCAAUACUUUGUAAUGUAAUACUUUUGGGCAUUUUAAUUCCUUUCUUAUAUGGGUUGACUAAAAGAUAUAAAUUAGGGUAAUCCUAUUAGACUGUAGUUUUUAGAAUUGUACUGUACAUGAGAAAUGAAACAGCAUGGAUAAAUCUUCUCUGUAUGAGUGAAUUUGUUCAGUUCAGCCUUGAUGGAUAUAGUUGUCAACGAGAAGUACAGGCCAAAUAAUAAAAAAAAUAUGGUCAUACAAAGUUACGUUAUGGUAAAGACAAUAACUGUGUAAGUAAUAUUUUGCCAUUUCAGAAAUGUUCUAUUAACCUAAGUAAAACCUUUACAACAAUUUAAAACAUUACUCUAGGCCCUGACAUACUGGGCUACUGGCUGAAGAAGCUAAUCGCCUAAUAUAAAAAAAAAAAUAUAUGGUAAAUAAAGCAGUCACCCGAGACUGUAAAACCACACAUGCCAACCUGUGCAUGGCCUGGAUUGACUACAAGAAAACCUAUGACUCAAUUUAUCAUGGGAUUCUUUGAACUAUACAGGAUCAACAGGACUCUAAGAACCUUCAUACAGAACUCUGUGGGGGGGGGGGCAACCCUAGAGGCAAACUUCAAGUCGAUUGCCCAAGUCAACAUCAAGUGCAGCAUAUACCAAGAAGAUGCUCUGUCUGCUGUUCUGCAUAGGCCUGAAUCCCUCAGCCAGAUCUGGCUACAGAGAUCGUACGCUAAGCGUAAGGAAGGAGGCAGAGGAUUAGUGACACUAUCCAGAAUCAAACAACUAAGCUCCAUGAAUACAAAAGGGAAAAUGGCCCCAACAGAUGAUGUGCUCAGUGAAUACCUCAGGGAGUAGAAACCAGAGGAGGAGGGGAAAGAAGAGGAACCCUCAUGAAAGGACAAACCCCUACACGGUAUGUACCACCAGCAGAUAGAAGAAGUGGCUGAUAUCGACAAAUCCAAAGUGGCUGGACUGAAAGACCGUAUGGAAGCACUAAUCCUAGCAGCACAGGAGAGUACCAGAUCAAUAGAGGCUGGGAUCUACCACACCAGGCAGGACCCCAGGUACAGGCUGUGCAAAAAUGCCCAUGAAACAAUCCAGCACAUAACAGCGGCAUGCAAGAUGCUAGCAGGCGGGGCAUACAUGGAAUGCCAUAACCAAGUAGCCGGCAUAGUGUACAGGAACAUCUGUGCCGGGUACAGGCUGGAAGUCCAAAAGUCUAAAUGGGAAACGCCUCAAAAGGUGGUUGAGAAUGACAGCUAAGAUCCUGUGGUACUUUCAGUUGGUUCGGACAGUAAUGAGUCUUUUUUUUCCAUACUGUUUCCUUUUGAGAAAAAGUCCCUAAAAUAUUUUCUGAUUGUGUGCUUUGUCUUUGUUUCACUGUGAAAUCUGAAAUCUGCUUUAUGGCUCCCGUUUGUACCACUUUGUUUAACCACUAAAUUAAAUUCUUUCCCAGCACUUA